UGCUGCGUCACUGUCACCAUGUUUUAACACUAAAGCCACGGUACAUUCUGCACGUACUGCACCGUCCUGUGUUGUUGCAUAUUAGUGUUUGUACUCACUGUAGCGUCCCAGUACUUUAACACUGUCAUUAUAAACUUGUUUGCACUGAAAGCUUCUCCACAUGUCGUAACUCAACCAAAUUUUAGUCAUAAACUGUGGCCUAAACUACACGCAAACAGGCCUCUGCACUCUGACAGUGCUGGCAGAUCAAGUAGUCCAAACAGCGUGCAGAGAGAAGAAGUGCCUUUCAGACCAGAUGUCCUCGUCUUCUGUCGUCCUAAAUACAGGGGUUCAGAUGCCCCUCCUGGGUUUGGGGACCUACAAGUUGCGGGGCCCUGAAGAAGUGUAUCGGGCUGUGGAUGCUGCUCUGGCUGCUGGUUACCGGGCCUUUGACAGUGCAGCCGUCUACCGGAAUGAGGCCGACUUGGGCCAAGCGCUGAGGGAGCUCCUGCCUAAACAUGGCUUAACCAGAGAGGAUGUGUUCAUAACCAGUAAGCUGGGACCGAAGGAUCAAGGUGAAAGUGCCAUGGACGGUGCCCUCCACAGUCUGUCUCAGCUGGACUUGGGUUACAUCGACCUCUAUCUGAUCCACUGGCCGGGCACACAGGGCCUGGUGGUGGCUGACAAACGCAACCCAGGCAACCGAGCUCAGAGUUGGGCCACACUGGAGGAGCUGCAUCGCCAGGGGAAGCUUAAGGCUAUAGGAGUGUCAAACUACACCCCAGCACACAUGAGGGAGCUAAUGCAGAGCUGCAAAGUCCCUCCUGCAGUUCUACAGGUGGAGUUUCACCCACGGCUGUGCCAGUCAGAGCUGAGGAGUGUCUGUAAGGAGUAUGGGGUGUGUUUCCAAGCGUACUCCUCCCUGGGGCAAGGAGAGCUGGUCACUGAUCCUGCAGUAAUGGAGGUGGCAAAGAACUGCAAACGCACACCUGCACAGGUUUUAUUGCGCUGGGCGGUGCAGCAGGGUGUCCCGGUGCUGCCCAAGUCAUCAAACCCGGACAGGAUACAGGAGAACGCCAGACUUUUUGACUUCAGCCUGAACGACGCAGACAUGGACAGAUUGUCGUCUCUGGACUGUGACCACAAGUACUGCUGGGACCCGUCAGAGGUGGCCUGAAACACAAACUGAGACACAAACUCUGUUCUGUUCUCCACGAUGGCUGCUGUGUGGGGGAAUUACACAUGCAGCUUAGGUUUUUAAGCCGUACACACUCAGAUCAACUACUGUUAUUAUUGUUGCCCGUAUUCCACAACACACUGAGAGCCUUUUCAGUCAGCAUUUACAGGUUUUGUUGCCUGAUGAUGAAUUAUUCCUGUUUACAAAUCUCUUCUUGUGCCAUCAUUUUAAGACUAAAUCCAUGUUCGUCACAA